AUGCUUUCCGACGAGUUGAGCAAGUGGCUCAAAGAGUUUGGACCUGCAGCAGCGGUACACGAUGCGCUCCAUCGGUACUACGACUACAAGCUCGCAAUCUUUGCUCACUUGAUGCGAAGAGGGUUCAAGAAGAUCCUGGAGGGUAUGGUCCUCGACAAAUUUCACAGUGCGUUCCGCUCGGUCCCUGAGGCCAAACUUAACGUGAGCAGCGGCCUCGGUGGACUGAACCACUAG